AUGGCCGACCUAGAGAAGCCUAAGAACCAGGACAUUCGCGUGCAAUCCUUACCUGGGGGAGUGUCCUGGUCAGGGCAAACUCCAAAUACUAUCUGGGCAGGAGUUUCAGAGCUCCUCGAAGAAGGCUCCGGAUAUCGAAUUGCCAUCGUAAUUCGUAAUUCGACAUACUUACUGGAGUGUCUCGGUCAUAAAUUGGAAGAGCCUGCGUCAGGAGAUCCGAUCGAACUUAGCCGGGAGAUCAUCUCGCAAUUCCAGAAUUACAGCGCCAAGUACGAUGAAAAAUUCAUCGGGGCUGGCUUGCCAGAGUCCCUUGUUCUCAAAUGCCCAGGGCUUUGCUCACAGCUUUGGUUCAAGCUUGAUAUUGUCCCGCUGGUGCUGAGACAUGUAGCUCGUGCGCGAACCGCCCAUGAUCGGGGUGAGGUGGCCACGUUCCGGGGCUGGGAAAGAAAAGCACUAGAUGAGCAGGCAGAUUCCAUGGCGCGAAAGUGCAUACGAUCAUUUGGAAUAGGACAUGUGAUCCACUCUCAAAUCAGUCAUGACAAUCUUGUGGAGGUUGAUAGUAAUUUCAGGGCGCGUCUUGCAGAAAAGGAAGACUAUGAACGAACUGUUGAGCCCACAUCAUGGGCUAUUGCUCAGAAAUAUGCCCGGGAACUUAGAGAAGAGAAAGUCAAAGUGGCAUUUUUCAGCAUGACCUUCCACGGCAAACCCGACGUCCAUACGAGACAUGCCCUAAUGAGGUUUUCUCAUUGUAUGGGUGUUGACUUUAGAUGGUAUGUCGCAAAGCCACGUCCAGGGAUAAUCAGUAUCGUUCAGAAGAUGAGAGAUAUCCUCGAGGGGUUGGACAAAUCCCUCGGGUAUCUUUCCUUUGACGAGGAAUUAGAGAUUUUAGAGUGGGUGCAAGAGAAUGCCAGGAGAUAUUGGCUACUGCACAAUGGGCCGCUUCAGCCAAGGUCCAAAGGAGGUGUAGAUGUGUUGGUCAUUGAUAGUGCACCUUUACUUCCCUUGGCACUUUUGUCUAAGCAACAGGACCCAGGGAGACCAGUACUCUAUGAAAACCGUUUAAUGCUUCAGAGCAACAUGGCUGAGUAUCCUAAUACUCCUUCAGCUAGGGCCUGGGACUUCGUGCAGACGAGAACAGAGCAUGUCGACCUGCUGGUUUCCCCAGUACCAAAACUCUUGGCACCGCAGAUAUUACCCAGAAAGCAUGUGGGAUAUAUUCCAGUUUCUAUUGACCAACUUGACGGCUUUAACAAGAAUAUGAAUCCAGCAGACAUUUCUUUCUACGGUCAGCAAUUCAACUCCCUGUGCAAAACUCUCAACGCACCUAGUAUACAAUAUCCGGAAGAGCAAUAUAUUCUACAUCUUGCACAGUUCAGACCCAGUGACGAGACUAUGAUUAUUCUACAGGCAUAUCAUAUGUUUUGCUGUCAAUCGAUGAAGGAAAGCCCAACAGCGUCCAUUCCAAAGUUACUGAUAUGCCGUCAUGGCCCUCCUAAAGGCCAUGAGAGCGCAGUUCUCUAUGAGAAGGUCAUGCGCCAUAUCAACACCACGAUCCAAGACAUUUCACACCUGAUCUAUGUCAUGGAGCUUGGGGGCCCUGAUCAAUUGUGGAAUGUUCUUCUUUCGCAUGCUAAAGUCGUGGUACAGCUGUCCAUCCCCGAGGGGAUUCCUGAAUUUCUCCUGUGCGCCAUUCAGAAACAGAAGCCUCUGAUCACGAUCAAGGCAGCAAGUUCGUAUUCAUUUCUGGAGAACAACCCUACCACAUGGCUGGUGGACAAAGUUGCCUGCAACUCUAUCUCGCAGCUCUUUCGUCAGCUAAAUGAUCCCAAACUCUCAUCGCAGAUGACCUUGCCUCUACGACAUAGCCUUCCGGACCAAUAUACCACUGUCGGGAAUGCUACUGCCUGGUUUUAUUUGGCAUCGAAACUGUCAAAAGGUGAAAGCAUUGAACCAGAGGGCAGAGACCUUUAUCAGUUGGCUCAGUCGGCAGCAAGUCGUGAAUAA